GCGGCGGCGGCGGCUGACGGGACCCGACGGGACCCGACGGGACCGGGGGUGUUGCCACCUCCGCCGAGGAGCCGGCGCGGCCGCGGGCUCCUCAGAGCCGGGCCCUUGACAGACGGGGCCGAGGACCGGAGAGCGGCAGCGGCGGCGGCGCAGGCGACGGGGAGGCGGCGGCGACACCAUGUCAUCCCCCAGUCCCGGCAAGCGGCGGAUGGACACGGACGUGGUCAAGCUCAUUGAGAGUAAACACGAGGUUACGAUCCUGGGAGGACUCAAUGAGUUUGUAGUGAAGUUUUAUGGACCACAAGGAACACCGUAUGAAGGCGGAGUGUGGAAAGUUAGAGUGGAUCUUCCUGAUAAAUACCCUUUCAAGUCUCCGUCUAUAGGAUUCAUGAAUAAAAUUUUCCACCCCAACAUUGAUGAAGCGUCAGGAACUGUGUGUCUAGAUGUAAUUAAUCAAACUUGGACAGCUCUUUAUGAUCUUACCAAUAUAUUUGAGUCCUUCCUGCCCCAGUUGCUGGCCUACCCCAACCCCAUCGAUCCUCUGAAUGGUGACGCUGCAGCCAUGUACCUCCACCGGCCAGAAGAAUACAAGCAGAAAAUUAAAGAGUACAUCCAGAAGUACGCCACGGAGGAGGCGCUGAAAGAGCAGGAGGAGGGCACCGGGGACAGCUCGUCGGAGAGUUCAAUGUCAGACUUUUCGGAAGACGAGGCCCAGGACAUGGAGUUGUAGUAGAAAAAGCACCUGCUUUUCAGAAAGACUAUUAUUUCCUAACCAUGAGAAGCAGACUAUAAUAUUCAUAUUUAAACAAAGCAAUUUUUUUUAUUACUAAACAAGGUUUUUAUGAAUAAUAGCAUUGAUAUAUAUAUAUUAUAUAUCACCCUUUAGAUCUUGAUUUCUUGGUCAUUUCUCACCUGGAGGUGCAUAGCAUAUUCCCACAUUCCAUUUUGGUAGCAAUAUGCGGUCCGAAUGCAUGCAUUCAUAAGUCCAUUUGGCCAAGUCAGCUUGUGUGCUACUGAACUGUCAGAAGAACUAGCCGCUCUGAUAGGUAGACUUAAGAAUGACAGGAAAAAGUUGCUUCUUUUAUUGAUGGUUCCAAAGAAACAAACCAAACCAGCCGGCACUUGGACGUGCAGACAGAAUAGUGUUUUCUCGAAGUGGUCAGGAAGAACUGGGGGAGAAAGAGGCCUGCCUUGGGAACACUGAGAGCCAGCCACGUAGGAAUCCGAGCUGCUCCUCCCAGUGGGCCCACGCUGGCCCCCAGCCUGUGCAGUCAUGGUAGGAAACGAAGCUAACUGGGGUGUCGAGACUUCGUGAAGUACAUUCUUAUGUGUCAAUUCCUGCCCUUCACACCGCCGGGCCCUGCUGCCACAGCGUUCUGCCUGGGAGAACCUUCUGGAAGUGUUUUCAAAACCUGAUUGUUUUUCUUGAGGUCAAGCUGGUAAGCCAGACCCAAAAGGGACCGGGAAGAGGUUUGGUCACAUCCUGCCCCUCGGCCGGUGUGGAGAGCAUUGCGUUAGAGGGUGGUGGUUUCUGUGUGGGUCGGGGGGUUGUGUGUGAAUUGUGCUUAGGUGACAGAGCUAGCCGUGCCCUCCCUGUGAGGCUGGGGCACGCUCCUUGGCGUUUUGGUUUGGUUUUCUCCUGCUGCCGUUCCUGGCCGCAGCCUGGUCCUCAUCUGGGAAUGAGCAUUGUAGACGCGACGUGCAUUCUAAAUGUAAAACAGAUAAAGAGUUGGAACAAAUAAAGCUUCUUGUACCCAAAGUG